CCUUGUUGCCCCCGUUGGCCUCUCAAGCCUCUUUUCGCUCCCAUAUCAGACUCGUCCACCUCUCUCUCAUACACGCAUACCCUUACCUGAUCAAACCUGGAGCUCCAAAUACCUACCUCCUGAUCCUUUUUCGCACACCCCCCCAUCCCUUCAAUCCACGCUGCCUGUCAGGAUUGAGUCGUUUCCAUACCUUUUCCAUACUGGACCUGGGUUUCUGUUCUCGUUAUAUGGACGGCGGUUGCUGCUAGACCCCAUCCCGUGCCCAUCCAUUCGAGUCGAUCCCGCUUGCCCUGCUUUGGUUUCAUUCCUUCAUUGUUAAAGGCCCUUUACUACCACCGCCACCACCACACCUCACCGUAUCCUACCUUUCCUCGAACAUCUUCUUGUUACACACCUGCAACGACUGAUAGCUUGAAUCCUUUUGCUGCCGUAAUCAGUACUUGAGAGAAUUCCAUCCAAGAACACCGUCGAUUUCGUGGGCGACAGUUGCAAAAGAGAGUCACAUCAUAGACUUCGGAUUCAAAACAUCGAUUGAGUAGCAUUACUACGAUACGAUACAAUACGCCGCGAUACAUACGUAUAAGCCUUAUCAGCAGCUAUCGCUCAUCUCUCCGACCUUCAUAACACAUUCGACGACAUUGUAUGGUGGGGUACCACGGUAUUCAAUAUGCCGCCUAGGACAUCCCUCACUUCCUCGUUCUCGAUCACCGACGCCAAUAAUGAGGUUGUCUGUCCGUUGCGCAACCAAGAUGGCUCAAGUUGUCGCAAGCGCUGCAUAGGUGAGAAGAGAUAUCGCUCCAUGCAGGAGCACAUCCGUCGAGCGCACCCAGAGCACUACAUUUCCAAGCUCCCUGCCACCGAGGAGAGCUUCUUGCUCAUGAUCAAGACGCAGCCAAACGAACGACCUCAAAACCAGUCAACUCCAGGGCCUUCUGCACAUGCAGGUCAGGCUAAGGGGCUUUCGCAUGCUUAUCAUAGAGACGGCUCGAGUGCUCCAGGGACACCUCGAAAUGGCGAGGAGCAGUAUACAGGAGCUGCACUGCUCCCUGCCGCAACCGCCCUUGCGCAGCUACACAAUCACAAACUGGAGCAAGGCUGGGAAUCCGAUAAUGACUGGCAUUCAGAUCACGAAGGGAAGAGAAGGCCAAGGUCAUCGAUUGAGUUGCCCCCAAUACACCUCACAAACGCCGACGUGACGAGCGCACCCUACUCCGGUUAUGACUCGGGAAGACCAAGAGAAAUUUUACCUUCCAUCUUAUCAAACUCGCCCCCUGGCCGAUCAUCAACUCUUCCGCCACUGCAUCGGACAUUAGGCCCCACUCGCACUCGUAGGCAGUCGAUAUCCAAACGAGGCCACCAAGGCAAGAGAUCCAAAGGUGCUACAUCUGAAUGGCUUCGUCGGUUACAAAAUGAUAGCCAGCAUGAGCUUCUGCGGCCCGGAGGCAGCGACAGGAAAGCCUCAUCCGCCGAGCCUUCGGCUGAUUUUGGAAAGCGCUGGGAGGAUCUUAUCGAUGCAGCCACUUCAGCAACGGAAGACAUAGACGAGGAUAGGACGCCAAUUCCCCGUUCACCUGUAUCGAUUCAUCGAUCAUCUUUGCCCCCUCUCCAGCAGCACUACAACUAUACGAGUUAUCAAGCAUCGCCGCUGCAACAGGCGCUCACUCCGCCGUCGUACAAUCCUGAGGCUACGGAUGCCUUCCCAUCGGUCGAGAGUGGUGAAAGCGGAGAGAACUUUCAUAUUGGAUCACGGGGACUGUCGGAUUCAUCUCCGAGCUACUCUUCGCAGAACACGCAAAUUUACUGCGCUGCGUGCCGGGAAGUUUCUUUGCUUCGGGAAUCUUAUGCAUGCACCGAAUGCAUAUGCGGCUUGUGCCGGGCAUGUGUCGAUGUUCUGAUGCUUGAGCAAGGAGCCCGUCGGAAGUGUCCGAACUGCGCUACGAUAGGGGGGCGUUUCAAGCCGUUCCAACUUGAUAUCAGGUGAAUACAUCUAGACGCUCAGUCGGCGACCAGGCCCGAUUGCCACCUUCCCAUUCCAAAUCCUUUCCCGGAUUGUACAAAUUCGGCGUCAUGCGGGGAAGCUUAUUUCGAGUUCGACGCCAACGCCUAAUUGGAUCGAAAACAUCCGGAAAUUUUCUAAACGGUAAGAGUUUUGAUUUAGCAUCCAUCCUUCGAGAAGAAGUAAUCAUCGACCUCUUAGCGCAACAUAUAAUGGUCGCGUCGCCAGACGCUCCCCAGACUUCACUUCUAUACUUUCUCUCAGGAUACCCAACGGACGUUCUGUUCCGCACAGCCUUACAUAUGGAUCACCACGAGGCUUCUCACACACGCAUUCACCACAUGGAGUAAAAGGGGGAUACUUUCUAGGAGUUCCUGGGGUAGUUAUAAGGCGCGUCUUUGUCAUGCUUUUGUUUUCAUUCGUGCUUUUCUUAGUGGGAUUUCGUUGCACUCGGUCGCUUUGGGGGUUGCUUUUUUUACGGUAGCACAGGACAAGUUUGAACGCUAUUUUGGCAUGAAUACUGCCGUUGGUCUAAAUGCGGUAUAUCAGGGCUUCUGUGUCUCUAAGAUCGAGGAGACGAUUGUCAGUGGUACAUUCGGGGACCUGGCCGAAUGUAUUUGCUGCUUCAUGCUUUUGAUGACCUCUUUGUUUCCUUGUAGGUUACUGAAAGAAUAUCAGUUAGCUUGGUUUAGUUUGGGUAUUGCUCUCCACCUUCAUUUUGAUGCCACAUGUAUGGUACAAGAUACUAUUAUCUCUUUUUAAUUGUUGUUCCUGGUAGCCCAACGCAAUUUUUCAAUCAAACAGCUUCCUGAGCUAUAUACAUGAG